UGGACUCAGUUUCAAAUGCCUCCGUUCUCUGCGAUGCAAAAUCCGUGAGGACAGCUGGAGGAGGCCACAGGGCCCAGGCCUGGAGCCUGGCAGCCAGGAGCCAGAGGAAAAGAAAAUCGCGCUGGAGCUGCUGGAGACAGAGCAGGCUUAUGUCAACCGCCUCCACCUCCUUGACCAGUUCCACGCUGAGUUCUUCCUGCCAGAGCUGCAGAAGCGCAUGGAGGAUUGGAACAGCAACCCCCGCAUUGGGGAUGUCAUCCAGAAGCUUGCACCCUUCCUCAAGAUGUACGGGGAGUACGUGAAGAACUUCGACAAGGCCGUGGAGCUCAUCACUGCCUGGUCAGAGAAAUCACCUCCCUUCCAGGAGCUCAUUGCUGACAUCCAGAAGAGGAAGGUCUGUGCUAACCUGACGCUGCAGCACCACAUGCUGGAACCUGUGCAGAGGAUCCCACGCUACGAGCUCCUGCUGAAGGAUUACGUCCGGAAACUCCCGCCCCAGUCCCCCGACAGGGGCGACGCCGAGAAGGCCCUGGAGAUGAUUUUUAUGGUGGCCAAGCACUCCAAUGCAGCUAUUGCCGAGAUGGAACGGCUGCAGAACCUCUGGGUAGUCUAUCAGAGGCUGGGCCUCGAGGAUGACAUCGUGGAUCCCUCCAAUGAGCUGAUCAAGGAGGGACCAAUCCAAAAAAUCUCCACCCGCAACAACAGCACAUCGGAGAAGUACCUGUUCCUGUUCAACAACAUGCUGCUGUACUGCGUGCCCAAGGUCAUCCAGGUGGGCGCCGAGUUCCAGGUCCACCUCCGCAUGGAUGUGGGGGGCAUGAAGGUGCGGGAGCUGAAGGAUGCUGAGUUCCCUCACACCUUCCUGGUGUCGGGAAAGCAGCGGACGCUGGAGCUCCAAGCCAGGUCCAGGGAGGAGAUGAACGCCUGGAUCAAGGCCUUCCAAGAUGCCAUUGACAGGAAGGAGAAGAGGAGUGAGACCUUUAAGACAGCACUGAGGAGGGGAAGGGGUGAGGACACCCACACUAUGGUCUCCCACCCCCAGACAGAGGAGCUGGGCCGCCGAGCCCCACAGUGGGUGCGGGACAAUCUGGUGACCAUGUGCAUGCGCUGCAAGGAGCCCUUCAACGCCAUCACCCGCCGGAGGCACCACUGCCGAGCCUGUGGAUAUGUGGUGUGUGCUCGCUGCUCUGACUACAAGGCCGAGCUGCAGUACGAUGGGAACCGCCCAAACCGGGUCUGCCAGGAGUGUUUCAUCUUCCUGACCGGCCACACGGUGCUCGAGGACCGCGAGGGGAAGCACAAAGGCAUCCUGGAGAAAGGAGCUGCAGAGGUAUCAAGCAGGAGUUUGCUCUGCAGUACCCUGCAGCUGCUGGACAAGAACGGCAAGGGGGGCACACGGGGCUGGUUCGUGAUCCCACAGGACGAUCCCCUCGUGCUCUACAUCUAUGCAGCCCCGCAGGAUGUCCGAGCCCACACCUCCAUCCCCCUGCUGGGCUACCAGGUGCGGGACAUGCCCCAGAGCGAGUCCCGGCACCUCUUCCAGCUGGCGCAGUCCCGGCAGGUGUUCACCUUCGUGGCCGACACUGAGGAGCUGAAACAACGCUGGAUGAAGGCCAUGGCACGCUCUGCUGCGGGGAUCACGCACCCGGAGGAGGAGGAGGAGGAUGCAGAUGAAGCCAAAUGA